AUGGUUCUGCACCACCCUUACAUUGUCAGUCUGUACGAGGUCAUGGUUCUGCCGCAUCACUACUACAUGGUGCUUGAGCACGUUGAUGGUGGGCAAAUGCUGGACUACAUCAUUUCGCAUGGAAAACUGAAGGAGAAGCACGCCAGAAAGUUUGCGCGCCAGAUUGCAUCGGCUCUUGACUAUUGCCACCGAAACUCGAUUGUUCAUCGCGAUCUCAAAAUUGAGAACAUCCUGAUUUCAAAGUCUGGCAACAUCAAGAUCAUUGACUUUGGGUUGUCAAACCUGUACUCGCCUCGGUCACAUCUAUCCACAUUCUGCGGAUCGCUAUACUUUGCUGCACCCGAAUUGUUAAACGCCAAAGUGUACACGGGCCCUGAGGUUGAUGUCUGGAGCUUUGGUAUCGUACUCUACGUCUUGGUCUGCGGAAAGGUUCCCUUUGAUGAUCAAUCAAUGCCUGCCCUUCAUGCCAAGAUCAAGAGGGGUUUUGUCGAAUAUCCUGCAUGGCUCAGCAACGAUUGCAGGCAUCUACUUUCAAGGAUGCUUGUCACGGUUCCGAGCCAAAGAGCGACCAUGGCGGAGGUCAUAGCCCAUCCUUGGAUGAACAAGUCUUAUGAUGCUCCCCAGCCUAGCUAUUGUCCUCAGAGAAGCCCCCUGACGGAGCCUCUGGAUAUGAAUGUCAUCCGUGGCAUGACAGGAUUUGAGUUUGGCACAGAGCAGGAGAUUGAGCAGCGCUUGUUGGCCAUUAUUCGCAGCGAAUCGUACCAGACCGCCGCCAAA